AUGGAAGAAUUGGACGGCUACCUCAGCUCCCCCGGUGUCGACUCUCAACCAACGGAGAUCCUCGAGUAUGACGACUUCGGCUACUGCUACGACUACAGCAACCUCGACGAUUUUGACGAAGGCUACGAAGACAACUACACGCCUCUUUUCUUCAGUGUUUUCAUGGCAGACAACGAGACGGCAGAAAAACGUCAAGCCCGAGAAGCAGAGGAGCAACGCACGCGACUGGAAGCCGAACGUCGCCGACUGGAGGAGGAGCGACAAGCACAAGAGCGGGAACGACUGCAGCGCGAGCAAGAGGAGCGCGAACGGGCUACGAAGGAGGCUGAGGACCACCGAGAACGUGCCCUAGAUGCUGGACGGAGGGCACGCGAUCUCAUCGGGCAACAAGACGUUGAGGGGACGGCGGUUUUCCGCACCCCACAGCAGAACGCGGUAGCAGCAAUCACCCUUCUUGACACUCUACUUCAGGAAGAUGCACCCAACCACGUCGUCAACAUCUUGAACCAAACCAAGACUAUGAUCGCCGCCUCGGUCCUCCGCAAGCGUCCGAACACUAGAAUCUGGUUUCCUAUGAAGGACAUGGCACCUUUGAACUACCGGGUGAUUUUUGUUUCGAGGAGAUUAAUUCAGAAAAAUAUGAGAAAUCCAGAGAAGUGUAUUCAAGAGCCUCCAGCCCUUGCAUCCUCGCUGUCGGCAUCCACCAAGCCAACAGAAUCUUGUCCUCCUCAUCAUAGCAACAGUGGUGUGGAAAUUCUAUAUGCUCUAGGACUCCUGCCCAACAGUGGUGGUUUGGCUCCACCAGUCAUUGGCUACCAUACCCCCAAGACUUCAACAUUGCUGCAUGAUCUGCCCCGUGUGCCGAUAGCCCUUGAUGCUGGUAGAAAGAAAAGAGCAAAGUCGGCUGGUGCACCAUCGGCUGCAAAGAAGAAGCCUAGGAAACAAAAGGCUACUGCCGAUGUUCUGCCAGCCAUAGAUCUAGAUGUAGCAGAAUUCCUGGAGGGUGAAGAAUUGGCAGAAGAUGUGGAUGAAGCGGCUGAACACGAUAGUGACACCCGAGAACAAACACCUCCCGCCGAUCCUCUUGUUCCUCAAAGAACUCCAUCACCUCCAAAAAAGUUUGCUUCCAAGAAGCCACAAGCACCAGCCCCAUCGGAAGUCAUCACAUAG